UUUACUGCACUAGCAAGCAUCUCCCUCCUUGCUCUCCACCUACCGGCUACCGCUGAUGACUCCAUCUCUCCUCUUCCUCCUCCUCUCUUUCGCGCGUUCUCUCCGUCCCAUUCCCUUCCUCUCUCUUUCGUGCGUUGUCUGUCCCAUUCCUUUUCUCCUUUGUAAGUCGUCCAAGGCGCCUCCUUCUUUCCCCUCAAUUUUAGGAUUAGGGUUAGGGUUUCACCGGCGGAUCUGCUCCGGCCUCAGGGAGCUCCGCCCCUGAGGGGCCGCCGGCAACCCAUCGACGGUGUAGAUUCUUCUUCCGACCGCUGUCGUCCCUGGGAUCUGCUGCUCUGCGGCAAUGGGGCUGUAGCUUCUGGCUUCUCGGGCGGCGGCUGCUUCCCUCGGGCUGGUUGGUUCUAGGGAAAGAGCUUUCGUUUUGGGGAAGCGUUUGUGAGGAGAAGAAGGGUUGGGAGGAAGGUCAGUCUUGCUGGAGAUCUGGCGAUUUCAGGAAAUCUGCCAUUGGAAACAUGUCAUCACCCUCCCUGAAAGGACAUCUAUACAAGAAAACAUUUCUCUUUGGUCUUAAGUUAUGGGUUGUAAUUGCGAUAGGAGUUGGGGUCUUCAUGUUGGGUGUUCUUUCUGUCCUAGUUAUUUGUCUUAAUGCUCGGAGUCGGAGGAGGUUAAGGAGGGCUUCCAAUAACCUUCCUAUUUCCCAGAUUCCAUCAGUUUCAAAGGAAAUUAAGGAAGUGAGGGUCGAGGAAGUCGCAGCUAAUGAUUUUGUUGCUCGUGACAGGAUUCUUCUCACGAUUCCUGAUAAAUCCAGUGAAAAGGAAUCAGACAAGGUGAUGGUUCAUUUGGGCUUGAAUAAAUCGAGACAUGCAGAUGAAAACAGUAAUUCAGGCUCAUUUCAUUAUGUGGAGAAAGAUUGUGGCUCCCAAUCUGGUGAAGAAGGAAGUUCAGGGACAGUUGCUGUUCACAGACAAUCUUCUUACCUGAUAACUGCCCCUUCACCCUUGACAGGUCUUCCAGAAUUUUCUCACCUUGGCUGGGGUCAUUGGUUUACUCUGAGGGAUUUGGAACUUGCAACCAAUCGAUUUUCAAGAGAAAAUGUACUUGGGGAGGGUGGUUAUGGGGUUGUUUAUCGUGGUCAACUUAUUAAUGGUACUCCAGUAGCUGUCAAGAAGCUUCUUAAUAAUCUUGGGCAAGCUGAGAAGGAAUUUAGGGUGGAAGUUGAGGCUAUUGGGCAUGUCCGCCACAAGAAUUUGGUUCGCCUCUUGGGAUAUUGCGUGGAGGGUACGCAAAGGAUGCUAGUUUAUGAGUAUGUCAAUAAUGGAAAUCUAGAACAAUGGCUUCAUGGAGCUAUGCGCCAGAGGGGUUCUCUUACCUGGAAAGCCCGUAUAAAGAUUCUGCUGGGCACUGCUAAGGCUCUUGCUUAUUUACAUGAGGCCAUUGAACCAAAAGUAGUGCACCGAGACAUCAAAUCGAGUAACAUAUUGAUUGAUGAUGAUUUCAAUGGUAAAGUAUCUGAUUUUGGUUUGGCCAAGCUGCUUGGUGCUGGUAAAAGCCAUAUCACUACUCGUGUUAUGGGGACCUUUGGUUAUGUAGCACCAGAAUAUGCCAAUACUGGACUUCUAAAUGAAAAGAGUGAUAUUUACAGCUUUGGGGUUGUUCUUCUAGAGGCAAUUACUGGGAGAGAUCCAGUGGAUUAUGGUCGCCCUGCAAAUGAGGUGAAUCUAGUUGAUUGGCUUAAAAUGAUGGUUGGCAGCAGGCGCUCAGAAGAAGUGGUGGAUCCAAGUAUAGAGACAAGGCCAUCUACCAGAGCUCUCAAACGUGCCCUUUUGACAGCCCUAAGAUGUGUUGAUCCAGAUGCAGAGAAGAGACCAAAGAUGGGUCAGGUUGUCCGGAUGCUGGAAUCUGAUGACCCGAUACCACGCGAGGAUCGAAGGCAUCGGCGUAAUCGGGCUGGGAUCACAGACAUAGAAUCGCAAAGAGAAAAUUCUGACACAGACAAAAGUGACAACCAGGAUUCUAAGCCCAUUGGCACGAGGAACGGACAAUGUUAAACGAAAUGAAGUACCAGAGAUUUUGGGAGACAGCUAAUUGCUCACUAUUUAGAUCUGCCCCUUUACCGGGUCUCUACGCCAUCUUGUACUGCUAGACUACAAUCGGGAGUUCAGGUCAACGGCAGCUUGAGAAUCCAUGUAAUUCCACUGUGUUCCAUAUUUUUCUUGUAGAGAGAAUUGUAUUGGUGUAUGUAUGUUGUUCCGGAAUACUUUGAAUGGUGUGUACAGGUUUAUAUUCCAAUCUAUCAGAAACUUUCCCUGGGUUAACAAAUUGUUA